UUACCCAAAGAAGGUAACAAAUGGAGGGAAAGUUGUUGCUGUUGUCUUGUCCUUUCAAUGCACCAUUAGUAAUCUCUUCGUAUCCUGCUUCUUCUUCCUCGCCAUUUUAUCUUCCCUUUUUUCCCUCUCUUCACCUCUCUCUUUUUUAACCUCUCUUCUUGCCUUUCUCUCCCGUAUUCACUAAAUUGUUAACCAAUUCACCGCUGCUCCCUUGAUUCUUGUUGUAUAAUUUAACUAUUCAGUGGCAUUUCAACUUCACAAUCUUUACCUGUAACAUUAGACUUUGGUCCACGCUUUUUUUACAAUUCAAUUUACACUUCAUCUAUCAAGUCUCUUCAAGUUUUCCCCAACCUUGCUUUAAUUGUGUCUUAAUCAGUGUAUCAUCUCAUCUUCAAUCAUCAUUAAUGUACAUGUUUAUCAAAUGCCGGUGAAUUUUUCAGGCUUACCCAGCUUCGCACUGUGAAUAGUUGUUAGCCCUUUUCGUUGACACUUUUUGCUUUUUGUGUUUUUAUUUUGCUGCUUCAUUCCAUUUUGAUUUCUCAUUGUCAAAUUGUUGUUAAUUUGGUCACCCAAAAUCAUCUUUCAUUGAUUGCCAUCACCGUGAGAUGAAAAAUUAAAAACAUCAUGUUUUGGUGACAUUUACUUUCCAAUGAUUUUACCCUGUUGCUCGGAUUAUUACUCAAGUUAACUUAUACUCUAAUUUUCAUAAGAUAAUAUAAUUCAAAUAUUUCUAUUAAAAUGUUACCAAAGCAAUUAAAAUUAAUUGGCCAAUCCAUGGAUCUAAUCAAUAUCGCCAUUUUAACAUUAUUUUCAUCAUAUUUAUUACACUUUGUUAACGGACAAUGUCCAUCUGGAACAACAGUUUCCUUUGAAAAGAUGACCAAUGUAAAUGUUCGUGGAGUCAAUCUGGUUCCAUUAUAUACAGGACAAGGUGAAACUCCAGUAUCUGCCGAGUGUAACAAUCGAUGUCGAGCUGGUCCCAAUUGUCGUGCCUUUGUGUUAAACUAUGAGAAGCACGCUUGCAUGGGAAUGGGUUACGAUUCAAAUUCACGAAGCACAUCAAUCAUUGCAACCUCUGAGCGAACCUCUUUAUUUGAAAAGAUUUGCCUCUCCGUGCCAACAUGUGAGAAAGCUUGGACCUUUGAACGUGUAAUUGGACGCCAAAUACUAGGCUAUGAUAAUCGUGUUUUAACCGCAAUAGCCAGUCGUCUCAAGUGUCAAGAAAUUUGUCUCAAGGAAAGGUCAUUUGUCUGUCGCAGUGGAGAGUAUGAUUAUUUGACUCAGGAGUGUCGAUUAAGUUCAGAGGAUAGACGAACCCAGCCAACUCAUUACACGGUUGCUCCACCAUCGGUUGAUUAUUUUGAAAAUGAGUGUUCACCUUUGCCUUUGGUUAAGGAGGAUGAAUCUGGUCUUCCUGGUAUUCCUAAUGCUCCAUCCGAAUGUGGUUACCAGCGAUUUGAAAAUCUUGAACUUAACAGACCUGACCUUAUGAAAUCAGCAUUCAGUGAAGAGCAAUGUAAAACUCUGUGUGAAGCUACAAGAGCAUUUGUUUGUCGUUCAUUUGCGUUCAAAGCGGCCUCAUCAUUGUGUUGGCUGAACUCGGAUGAUUCCUACAGUAGUGGUGGUAAAGAUUCAUUGGUGGCUUCACCUGGAGUGCUUUAUUUUGAAAGAGCAAACUGUUUGAAUCUUAAGCUUGAUUGUACGCCUGAAGAAAUGAGGAUUUCAUUGAACACUUUUGAACCAUUUGUGGGUAAAAUUUAUGCUAAAGAUGAUCCAUUGGCCUGUGAAUCGUUUGGAACCAGGCAAAGGUCUACAUCGCUCAGUUUACCAUUAAGAACCUCUGCCAAAUGUGGAGUUCGUGAAGAGAAUGAUGGUAAAUAUUCAACUGUUGUUAUUAUCCAAUAUCAUCCAGUAAUCCAGCGUAAAGGUGACCGAGUGGUUCGAUUAGUAUGUAACUUUGAAGCUCCAACAAAACUGGUUACCAAUUCUUAUAGAGUGAUCCCUGCACUUGAUGUGGCUGGAACUGCUGUUGUUAAUGCAACCGCACCAACACCAAACAUUAAACUUCGUAUCACGGAUAAAGAUGGUCUUGACGUUGUUGGAGCUAGACUUGGCGAAGAGUUGUACCUGCGAAUUGAUAUGGAAAAUGAUUCAGUGUUUGAUAUAUUUGCUCGUGAAUUGAUUGCUCGCAGUGGGAAUGCUGAAGAGGCUAUAACUCUCAUUGACAGUAACGGAUGUCCUACGGAUACAGCUAUAUUUCCUAAUAUGGAAAGGGUUCCUGGAAGUAAAUCAUUGCAGGGAAAAUUUGAUGCAUUCAAGUUUGCAGAUGAUGAAAUUGUCCGUUUCCAGGUUAAUGUACACUUUUGUUUACAAAAAUGUCCACAGCCAACUUGUUACGAUGCAUCGUCCAGUGAAGAUGUAGUAUCACCUGAAAACAACGCUGACCAACCUCCAUCCUAUUCAACUCGUGCUCGAAGGCGAAGAGAAACUGUUGAUAGAUAUAAUAACAAUGAGUCAAGAAAAGGUAUCAAUUCAAAAGAUGAUUCAGCUCCUUUACCAGAUUAUCCAUUACACCGAGAAUUAAAGGUUCAAGGAUUAGCCUCAUCCAAUUCCAAGCAAAACAACGGAUUUUCCAAAAAAGUUCCAGACAGUUCAUCACUAUUUUGUACUUCAAAGACUACUUUAAUGGCCUCUUUGGUAGCUUCAAUGAUCUUUCAAGCUUCAUUAUUGGCUCUUUGCUGUUCUUGCAUAUUUUUUUAUCGUUUCAAGGGACCCUCAAUUGAUCGCACUUCAGCUGAUUGUGACCCAUGUAAAAAUUACUCUCGAGAUCUUUGGUCAUCAUUUAGUUCCAUUGAGUAAUACGUGUCUAUCAAAGACUCAAAGGAUUGUCCAACUG